UGUCGAUUAAAUAAGGUUUGGGAGAAUGAGAGAAGGAGGAAAACACAGAGUGAGAAAGAAAAGAAAAUUCAGAGAGAAAGAUAAGACAUUUAUGAUCUGCAUUACUAGUGAGCUUAUCACUAAUCUGUGCUUAUGUAUAGAGAAGAGUAGCUUGCUGUGCAAGAUAGUACAAAAGGUACAACAGUCCGUUCAUUCUUAAGUUAGUUAUGAAAGCUGUAACUAACAGCUGUCCUAUCGUAGCUGGCACUGUUCUCACAGCCAACAGUUCUUUCAUAACUAACUUGUAACUCUUCUCUAGACUUUACCAAUUCACUCUACUACGAUGAAUGGUUUUUGGUAACAAAUGAGGAAAUCUUUCUUAAUUUUGUUGAGGCCUAAACAUGAAACUGUUGAAUUUUGCUUGUUAUAAUUAAAUUUACUAAAGUUGUUGUUUGGUACGAGUUUCUGCCUUUCUGAAAAAAUAAAUAUAAAGACAGGUAGAUAGAGAUAAUUGCACAAAUUUUGUCUUAGAGAAGAGAAACUUUGUGCAUUUCUCUAUGUCUCCUUUUCAAAUAGGUCUGUGUCCUCUGAUAAUUGCCAAAUGGGGCCUUAGUUAACUACAUGCUUUUCAUCUCUACCUCAAACUCCUGUCUUUCAUAUGUAUGAUCAGCUCCGGUAUUCUGCACGUAUUUAGUUUUGCUGCUAAGCCUUUGUUUGGCAUUGCAAUACAUUCAUUUUUUAUAACAUGUUGCAGGCCGAGUGGAUGGCGCCUGAAGUGUUAAGAAAUGAACCUUCAAAUGAAAAGUGCGAUGUUUAUAGCUUUGGAGUCAUAUUAUGGGAGCUCUCUACUUUGCAACAGCCCUGGGGUGGAAUGAAUCCGAUGCAAGUUGUGGGUGCUGUCGGUUUCCAGCAUUGUCGCCUUGUCAUUCCAGAUGAUAUGGACCCUGCUAUCAUGGAGACAUGGAUAUUAUCAAGCAAUCCUGAAAGACAUGAGUGUACUCUUCAAUCAUUUUAUCCUUGUUCUAAGAUAUCAGAACUCUUGCUUAUAGCAUUCUGAAAACCACUUGUUCUAUCGAAUAUGAAUAAUCACAUGAAAGGAAAUACACAUUUGAUCUUGCCAAGGUACAAUUUUGUUUCAAUAUAACCAUUCUUGUAAUAAAAAAUCCUUACAAUGUGCAAGCCAGUUUCAA